AAAUAGUUUAGCACUAUGACAGACGUUGGGAGUGAUCGGAAAUAUAACAGACUCCCUUUUGUUCUGUCCUUAGGAGAAUCUUGCUUCCAGAACUGCGAAGGCUUUGCUCCAGGAUCCCGCAUCUAGGAUCUGUUUUGCCUUGUUUCACAAGGACAGAUUUGUUUCAGGUAGCUCAGGAUGGGAGACCAGAGGCAGCGUUCGUUAUCCACGUCUGGAGAGUCCCUAUAUCAGGUUCUAGGGCUGGACAAGAAUGCCACGUCAGAUGAUAUUAAGAAAUCAUACAGGAAACUUGCAUUAAAAUAUCACCCCGAUAAGAAUCCAGAUAACCCAGAAGCUGCAGAUAAAUUUAAAGAGAUUAACAAUGCACAUGCAAUAUUGACUGAUGCUACAAAAAGAAAUAUUUAUGAUAAGUAUGGCUCUUUGGGCCUGUAUGUAGCAGAGCAGUUUGGAGAGGAGAAUGUGAACACAUACUUCGUGUUAUCCAGCUGGUGGGCCAAGGCCCUGUUUGUCUUCUGCGGGCUCAUAACUGGGUGCUACUGUUGUUGCUGUCUCUGCUGUUGCUGUAACUGCUGCUGUGGAAAAUGUAAACCGAGGCCCCCCGAAGGAGAUGAGCCGGAAUAUUAUGUCUCUCCAGAAGACUUGGAGGCCCAAGUACAGUCAGACGAGAGGGAGAACUCCGACGCCCCAAUUGUGAUCCAGCCAGCCUCGGCCACAGAGACGACUCAGCUCACGGCAGAUUCUCACCCCAGCUACCACACCGAUGGAUUCAACUAAGUUAAGGAAGCACUUAUUAGCCCGAAUGGAUAAGAAUAAAUAAUAUAUGGCCAAUCCAGCACUAGAAUCAUGGACAUUAGGAAUAGAUUAUGGGGAAGGGAGGUGUUUGCCAUGUUAACUGGGCAGCUUCCAACCUGCUGAGAAUAUUUUGUAAUCCCCUCUUCAUCUUUUGUCACCUUCAGUGUCGUAUCUCGAUGAGACAUGGAAGUACUGUAGCAUGCCGAAUUUAAAUCCGUUUAGCUUUAGUCUUCUUUUUUGUUGUUUCUGUUCUGUUUUUAAAGAAAGAAUAGCAUGUGUGAAGUUUACAUUAUAAACGUUUUUGUGUUGUAAAUGUACUAAGGAGUUUAUCAUGACGAGUGUGACGGAUACAUUCUGCAUUUUAAGCAGUAAUACCAGUGAGAAAUGAUGAGCAUUUUUCAAAGAGAACUUAAAUUUAUCAAAGCCACCAUACUUCCAUACAGUUGAGCUACAAGCACCCUUCUGCUAGUUUGCUCCACUUGAGAGCUGCGGAGAUUUUUGAUUUCCCCCACCUGCCCUUUUGUACCUGACCUCUGCCUCAAUAAGUUUAUUUUGAAAAAUGCUGAUGUUGUGAGGGAGGGAGGUUUUUUUAGGAAAAGAAUGCUGUUUUCUGGAAAUUUUGUUUCUGUUUCUUCUCCAAAGCCAUCCGGCGCUUCAUAGGCAUCUUGCCCAACCUGAUGUUCUCCCCAGUGGUGGGGAGUUGUGACACACUGCGCAUGGAGGGGAUGACGUUUGGGAAGAUUGCUUUGUCAUUCUUGUAUGGGAGAGGGCCAAAAUAGUGGUUUUACUACAAAACCAGAAGCUACUUGAAUCAUCUCUUGGCAUUUAAAGUAAAAUGCACAUUAUUCUUGUUUAAAUACAAGCAUUCCCCAAACUAUUUAUAGUUAAACUUUGCCAUUUUUUUUUACAAAUGUUGUGUUCUCACUGUCCAACUUGAGCGAAGUGUUAGCGAAUAGUCGAGAGCAACUUUUAGAUUUCUGUUUGAAUAUACAUUGGGCUGAUAGUGUUUUCAAAUUACUCUUUUUUUAAAAAAAAAUCUGGGUCCACUUUAUAAAUUACGUCUUCUAGUUGUAUACUUAGGUUUAUUUUUAACUUAAUUUUUUUUAAAAAUCUCUAGAAUCUAGCUCAUGGUCCCUUAAACUGGUACCAAUCAGUAGAUGCUGGAGGUGCAACCCUCAGCAUUCACCAGCCAGUGUGGUCAGUUCCUGCCUGGGAACAUCCCGCAGUGAUGUCAAGCCUGCCAUGAUGACGUCACUCCAUCGAUGUAAUUUGAGCCAGUCGCUCAUAAUGUGCAUGAAAGCAUCAUGGUAUCUACAUUGUGCCACUGAUACGUGAUGUGGCAGUCAUGGCAUCAUGGGGGUGAUGCAAACGGCAUAAUUCAUGUCCUUUGCACCAUGACAGACUUACGCAUGAGAUGUCACUUGCCUUGCCUCCCCCCCCCCCCCCCCCGCAUCCUCAGUGUUCAUGGCUGGGAAUUUUGGGAUUUGCAGCACCAACACCUCUGGAGGCCACUGGGUGAACAAAUAAUGAACUGGCAGGUCACAAUCCUGAUUAGAACUAGAAUUAGCUGCAGUUCCUCCUUUUCCAACCUGCAGUGCAGGAAUCCAACUGAAAUUAAUUACAGUUGGGCAGGCAGAGCAUGAGUGGGAUCUGAGGUGGCCAGAUCAACCCUGAAUCCAUCCCUGGAUUCAUCUGGCUGGUUGAUUUCUUUCUCUGCCUCAGUCCUUCCUUUAUAAAAUGGGAGCGAUAAGUCCAUACUUAACUGUGCAGUACUUUACAUAUUUGAAGCAGUAUGUGAUAGAGUUGUAUGUCUAUAUGGCUAUUAAAAAAAAAAACCACUUGCUUUUCCAUGUAUCUGUCUAGAGAAACGCUUGGCAGACAGUGUUUUCUUCCAGACCAGUUCUCUGAUCAGCUCUAGAUCAGUUUUAGAUCUGUUCUCUCCUGUUCUAGAUCAGCCCGGCUGGGCUCUUCCCACCCUUCUAAGGAACUUUUGCUCUGUGUUGCGUGGGGGAAUCCACCAGGAAUGGAAACUGUGCGUGCAUCAAGGCAGUGGGCGGUUCAGGGUUUCCUCAGACGUCCGAUGCUGCUUCAGUCUCGCUAGGGAAUAUGCUAGGUUUGUUAAUAAAUAAUAGUCAAGGCAUCGGUCAGAGCCUUUUUUUUAAGCUGCUCCUUCCUUGAUCAUGGAUCCCCCACCAUCACUUCCCCACCCUCUUUGUCUCCCAACCUCUUUCUCACUUUGAACUCUCUGAGGCUGGGCUGUACACCCACAGCAUCCCCAGGACCUGCAACAGACGGUGGUUGUGCCAUUUGCAUCAAGUGCGUGAGGAUGUCACGGCACGUGUGAUAUUGUCGUAACUUCUACUGGGUGUUCAAACACUUUCACUCUAGGAGUACUUUUGGGCUGUUCUGCAGGUUUUCUAUUUUAAGGUGGUUGCUUUUUUAAAAAACACGCAGCAGUUCCGUCUCUCAUAAUACUUGAAAUAGUAGGUCAGUCCUGUCCGUUUGGUGUUCCGCUGUCUGCGUGUGUGAAUUUUCCCUUCCCUUGAUUCCGCAGCUUCUUUUUAAAUGCUUCUGUGUGGCUUCCUCUCCCCCUACCAGACCUAGAAAUAACUGAAUUUUUAACCAUUUGAAGGAUGGUGUUCAAACCCACCCAUUUUUGAAACUGCAAGUUGGAUAUUGCCCUGCUAGCUCAAUUAUACUCUGAAUUCACUUGCAGAAUUCGAAGCUUCACCUGUCGGUUUGCCAAAACAAGUCUGUCAUGCAGAGCAAAUGCUUAACUCCAAUUAAUAAUGGAGUUCAUUGAUUUACUUGUAUAUAUGGAUUUCCAAAGCGUCAUCUUGUUUAACAUAAUCUGAAAUGAAAAGAAUGGGUUAGUAGUAAAAUGUAUAUACAGUGGCAGAGUCCACUAAUUAUUAGGUGUGAUAUCAGUUGUGUUCCUCUUGCUAAGGUUUACUCUUGAUUUUCUAAGGCAAAAAUUGAUCAUUUGGCUUGAGGCCAGAAGAAAAUUUGGACUCUAGAUUGUAACUUUUCGCCUCCCCCCC